CUGUGUCGCUGUGUUACCUGGGAUUUUAUUUUUUACUUCACCUGGCUAUCGAGGAGGAUUUUGUUUGACCUGUUAAUUGGACAUUUCUCUGACUAAUUUACUCACACAAAAAGUGUUGCUAGUACAGUGAACUGUGACAAUGAGAGACCACUCGUCUAAAGGAAGGUCAGCAGGGAAGGAUGACCGCUGCUUCUCCAGGCUGAUAGACCGAGAACUGGCUGACCUCAAGAGUCUGGCUCUGUGGCGGGGGGCGUUGGCCGAGUUCCUGGGCUGUUUGUUCCUCAACAUGUUCGCCAUCAAAUUUGGAAUGGGCAAGGAUGCGUCUCUUUUACAGGUGGCGAUUGGCUGUGGUUUCUUCUUCGCCGUCAUCAUCACGGCGUUAUCGACCGUGAGUGGAGGUCACGUUAACCCAGCCGUGUCCAUUGGUUUCUUGGUCACGGGUCACAUCACAUUCUUCAGAUGCCUAGUGUACACAAUCUUCCAAACAUCAGGGGCGAUCACCGGUGCGGCCAUGCUACAGGCUGUGCUGACUGACACAGGGAACCUAGGCAUCAUCCCAGUUAGUGAUAAGGCCAGCAUCAAACAGGCCCUAGGCUGUGAGAUCUUCGUCACAUUCUUCCUUACCUUCGUCAUCAUGUCGCUGGUUGAUGCAGGUAGAAAAGAUCUUCAAGGUUCCAAACCUUUUAUAAUCGGCCUGACUAUUGCGAUAAAUAUAUUCUUUGGGGAGGAUCUGUCUGGUGGUGCCAUGAAUCCUGUCAGGAACUUUGGACCUGCGCUCAUACUGGGACAGUUUAAAAACACCUGGGUGUACUGGCUCGGUCCCGUGGUUGGUGGCAUCGCAGGGUCCUUGACCUAUGACCUUCUGUUCGCCACGAGCCCGUGUACACUGUACAGGAUGUACAAGCGUGACGCCGUACACGACCAGGAGCAGACGACAGGAGAGGAGGGUCAGGUCCGUCAGACCAUGCUCCGCGACAAACACACGGACGUUUGAGCUUCAGUGCAACGUGAAAUGUGCAGCGAGAUUCUUAAAACGUGCAAUGGGUUUCUCUAAAUACGCAUCAGGUUCUGAAAAUGUGCAAUGGGAUUCUCAAAAUGUGCAAUGAGAUUGUAAGAUGAAGCAACGAAAGUGUGCGAGAAAUUCUUAAAAUACGCAUGUUGAUUCUCUAAUUCUUUUCAGUUUUUAAGUGAAUAUUGUGGAUUCUGAAAAUGUUCUGUUUCUAAAAGAAGAGAUUCAUAAUCGCAGGAAAUAAUUAUAUUUCUAUCCUGAAUAAUGCUAGUAAAAAAGUAUUUUUAAAAAGACAAGUACUUAUAAAGUUUAGGUUAUGAUUAUGUUCAUUUUCUGGUAACGUUUAGAUUCCAAGAGUUAUCUGUUUCUGAUAAUGCUAAGGUUCUGAUUUAACUAUCCGGGUUCUAAAAAUGUUGAAGUUCGGAUACUGUAUAGGUUCUGAUAAUUGUCCUCAUUCUGGUAAUGUUCAGAUCCUGAUUAGGUACAGUUUCUGGUAAUGGUCUAAUUCUGGUGAUAUUAAGGUUAAGGUUAUGGUAAUGUUCAGGUUCUAAUUAAAUACAGGUUCUAAUUAGAUGAUGCUCUAGAUUCUAAUUCGAUUCAGGUUCUAAUUAAAUGAUACUCAGAUUCUAAUUUAGUUCAAGUUUUUGAAUUUCUUAAUGUUUCGGGUCUAAUGCUGUUCAAGUUCUAAUAACAUUAAAGUUCUGAUAAUGUUGAGAUAGGAUAAGAUUCAGAUUCUCGCCAACGUUCAGGUUUUUAUACUGUUCAGAUUCCGAUAAUAUUCAAGUUCUGAUAAUAUUCAGAUUCUGAAAAUGUUCAGGAUUUGUAAAAUUACUGUAUGAUCUGCAAAUAGGGCUUUUUAAUAUUUAAACCAGUAUGCAAAAGCCGAUUAGUUUUCAGAAUUUUUACUGCAUUUGUUUUGGGUUCUUAUAAAUAUUUUAAAUAGUCAUUUUAAUGUAUUUUGUACAAUAAUUUUAUACAAUUUUUUGUGGUUAUGUUUAAGAACCUGUUGUUUGGGCAGCUUUAUGAAUUUGUAUGUUCAUCUUUAUGAAAUGUGUUUGAUUUUUUUCACGAAAUAUAUGUGGUCAUCUAUAUGAAUCUUUU